AUGUUGAGGCAUUGGGGGUUUGCUGUGUUCCUGUUAACCAUCCCAAUACCGAUCCAGCCCAGACCCACUAAUGUUCUCGGCAACAGACAGCGGCGUUCAGUCGGUCAUGCACAGAUGAUGCAUGACAGGGGUCGAUCCCUGCAUGACCGGAAGAGACGUAUGUGGAUACAGGAACUGCUUGAGCAGGUGCACACGGCUCAGGCAUGGGACUCCCCCAGUCAGAGUGAAGGAAGCGUCCAGAUCCCGCUAUGGUCCACCGCCCACCGGCCCAAACCCAUCAGCAGCACCAAAAACGUCCCCUUGAGCUUUCAAAUGGAGACUGUAGGGACGAGAGACGACCUACCACAAGAGACUAGCAAGACCCGGAGAUAUGAGGAGCAGCCACUGAAAGCUAUGACGAAGAGGAAGAGGAAGAUGAGUUUGGGGAGAUGGAGAGACCUGGAUAGAAGGAGAGACAGGGGUGUGUGGCUUCCGUAUGCAAAUACUGAUUAG